AUGUUCGCUCGAUCAGCAUUCCGGGCGUGCCAGUCGGCCCAGCCCAUGAAGCAUCAAAUCCGCCGCUAUGCCGACAAGCCUUCCGCCCCCUCCGGUGGGAGCAACAACACGCUCCUCUUCCUACUCGGUGGCGGCGCGGCCGCCGCUGGUGGCUACUACUACUUCACAAAGAACCCAGGCGCAGCGCAAAAGGCUGAGGCAAAGGUCAAGGAGGUCAUCCCCGGUGGUGAGGUCAAGAAGGCCCUGACGGGUGGAGACCAAGGUUUCCUGUCUCUGAAGCUGGAUGAUGUCGAGAUUGUGAACCACAACACCAAGAAGUUCCGGUUCAAGCUGCCCGAGGACGACAUGGUAUCCGGCCUGGAGGUCGCCAGCGCGAUCCUGACCAAGUUCAAGCCUGAUGGUGACGCGAAGCCUGUGCUGAGGCCGUACACGCCUACCUCCGACGAGGACGCCAAGGGCUACAUAGAGCUCAUCGUCAAGAAAUACCCUGAAGGCCCCAUGUCCACCCACAUGCACGACAUGGUACCCGGCCAGCGCCUCGACUUCAAGGGCCCUUUGCCCAAGUACCCAUGGACGGAGAAUAAGCACGAGCACAUCGCCUUGGUCGCCGGUGGAACUGGUGUUACCCCCAUGUACCAGUUGUGCCGCGCCAUCUUCAACAACCCCAACGACAAGACCAAGGUCACCCUCGUGUUCGGAAACAUCAGCGAGGAGGACAUUCUGCUGAAGAAGGAAUUCCAAGACCUCGAGAACACAUACCCCCAGCGGUUCCGCGCGUUCUACCUGUUGGAUCAGCCACCAAAGGAUUGGGCUGGCGGCAAGGGCUUCAUCAACAAGGAGCUGCUGAAGACAGUCCUGCCAGGGCCCAAGGACGGCAACGUGAAGGUCUUCGUGUGUGGACCUCCUGGGUUGUAUAAGGCUAUCUCGGGCCCCAAGGUGAGCCCCAAGGACCAGGGCGAGCUGACAGGUAUUUUGGCGGAGCUCGGAUACACCAAGGAUCAGGUCUACAAGUUCUAG